UUUUGUACGGAAAAAAUAAAUUAAUGAAAAAAAUAAAAAAAUAUAUCCCCAUUCGACGCCGUAACAAACAUCCAGCUGCUGCAGGGCAGUUACGUCACAUUGACGUCAGCAUCUCCCGCUCAUUUUUUCAUCUCUCACUAUAACCAACUCACUCUGCACACAUCUUUUCCAUCAAACGCUCUGCUGCAACUCACCCUCUCUCAUUCCCCCAACACAAAACACACACACACACUCACAAUCACACACACAAAAUACGCACACACAAAACACGCACACACGCAGUGAAAAUGGAGGCCGGAAUCUGAAUCUGAUUGAUUUUUUCGUAGAAUUUCAGCAUGGAUUUCACCAGAAAACUGAGCUUCGUCGUUUUCAUACUCUGCGUUCUGAUUUCCCUGAAAAAAAAGCAGGCAGAUAUCAAUAGAAGGGGUUGCGUCGCUUCGGACUCACCGCCUCCUCUCCAAGCUCCGCCGUCUCAUCGGAAGCUGCAGCAGAACGACGGUGGCGAGAAUGUCCUCCCCGAAGGAAUCAGAUACGAUUACUACAACGAAUCCUGCCCUUCAGCUGAGCAAAUCAUCCGAUCUACCGUUCAAGAGCUGUACGAGUUUCGCCCCGAUGUAGCCCCUGCUUUACUGAGGCUCGCCUUUCACGACUGCUUCGUCAAGGGUUGUGAUGCCUCAAUUUUAUUGGAUCCUACCAAUUCAACCGCUAGCGAGAAAGAGGCUUUUCCUAAUCAAUCUCUGAGGGGAUUUGAUGUGAUUGACAUUAUCAAGUCAGAAGUCGAAGAAGCAUGCCCUGGAGUUGUUUCUUGUGCUGAUAUAGUGGUUCUUGCUGCAAGAGAAAGCGUUCUCGUGGCUGGGGGGCCAUUCUAUCCUCUGUUGACCGGUAGGAAGGACAACAAAGAAGGUUCUCUAGAUGAAGCUAAUAGACUUCCCAGUCCUCAAGAUCAUCUCUAUGAAACACUUCACAAAUUUCAACCAAAAGGGUUUACUGAGAGAGAGACAAUCACUCUACUAGGUGCCCACAGUGUCGGAACCAUCCACUGCAGCUUUUUUAAUGAGCGGCUGUUUAACUUCAAGGGAAGUAAUGCACCUGACCCUUCGAUAGAUGCUGAGUUUCUUGGUGUUCUGAGAUCAAAAUGCAAUAGCAGCCACUCAAGAUCAGCUUCACAAUCCGCUUCGGCAUACUAUUCACCAUACUAUUCAUCUUCACCAUCUUUAUCACCAUCACCAUCACCAACAGAAAAUAGCUCGUCUCAGAAUCCAGGAAUGAAGAUGGACUACGAAGGACCUAGAAAAGAUUUUGGCACACUAUACUACCGCAGUCUAUUGCAACGCAAAGGAUUACUGUUUGUUGAUCAGCAGCUGACAUCCAUGGCUGAAGCCCAGGUUUGGGUCCAAGCAUAUGCCUCGGAUUUAUCCCUCUUCAAGAGAGAUUUUGGACUUGCAAUGAUGAAGCUCUCCAACCUCCAUCUUCUGAAUGCAUCGGUCGGUGAAGUUCGACUCAAUUGCCGAAAAGUAAACUGAGUUUUACAGAUGAAGUUUCUGAACUCUAAAGUUAGUUUCCUAUCCACUUUAACCUUUUCUGAAACUCUGUGAUGAACGUGUUUCUUUAGUACAAAUAACCUGAUCCACU